CCACCAAGAUCGCUGAUGCACGAGCGGGGGGGCGGUCGCCGGGCUCGCGGCGCCUGCGGCUGGGGCCAGCCGAAGGGAAAGAAGGCCAAGGGUAAGAAGGUGGCCCCGGCCCCCGCGGUGGUGAAGAAGCAGGAGGCCAAGAAGGUGGUCAACCCCUUGUUCGAGAAAAGGCCCAAGAACUUUGGCAUUGGACAGGACAUCCAGCCCAAAAGGGACCUCACCCGCUUUGUCAAAUGGCCCCGCUACAUCCGCCUGCAGCGGCAAAGGGCCAUUCUCUAUAAGCGGCUGAAAGUGCCUCCCGCCAUUAACCAGUUCACCCAGGCCUUGGACCGCCAAACAGCUACUCAGCUGCUUAAGCUGGCCCACAAGUACAGACCAGAGACAAAGCAAGUGAAGAAGCAGCGGUUGCUGGCCCGAGCUGAGAAGAAAGCUGCAGGCAAAGGGGAUGUCCCCACCAAGAGGCCACCUGUCCUCCGAGCAGGGGUUAAUACUGUCACCACCUUGGUGGAGAACAAGAAGGCUCAGCUGGUGGUAAUCGCACAUGACGUGGAUCCCAUCGAGCUGGUGGUUUUCCUGCCUGCCCUGUGCCGUAAGAUGGGGGUUCCCUACUGCAUCAUCAAGGGCAAGGCCCGGCUGGGACGUCUGGUCCACAGGAAGACCUGCACCACGGUGGCCUUCACACAAGUCAACUCGGAAGACAAAGGUGCUCUGGCUAAGCUGGUGGAAGCCAUCAGGACCAAUUACAACGACAGAUAUGACGAGAUCCGCCGUCACUGGGGAGGCAACAUCCUGGGUCCCAAAUCAGUGGCUCGCAUCGCCAAGCUGGAAAAGGCAAAGGCCAAAGAACUGGCCACCAAACUGGGCUAAGUGUACACUAUUGAUUUUUCUGUACAUAAAAAUAAUAAUAAUAAAAAAAACCCUCUUCUUCA